CUGCUUAGAGAAGGUUCUACAGACUAUCAGAACAGCAGUCAGUUUCAAAUCGAUGCAUAUGACCCAUUUGAGGAUAAAUCCUUUCUGGAUGUGGAUGCCUCCCUGAAGGCCAGUUUUCAGUCCGGGCUGAUUGAAGUGGAAGGAUCUGCAAAGUAUCUGAACAAUAUGAAGCAAUCCACCAGCCAUGGCCGAGUGACUUGUGAGUACAAGGCCACCACCGUCUUCAAACAGCUGGUUGCUGCUGAGGCCCUGAAGAACCUGGAAAUCACAGAUAACGUGAAAAGUUUGGUCACACGUGUUGUCACCAGCAUCCUUUAUGGGGCAAAUACCUUCUAUGUGUUUGACAGUGUGAAGGAAUGCCAUGUUGGGGGAAAAGUUGAAAUUCACCUGAGUGAGGAAGAAAAAGCUCUGGUAAACAAAUUCACCUGCAAGUACUACGUAGACUUCAUCCUGGGGAGCGAUCCCACCAACUUUAAUGCAGUGGAGGCCCACAUGCAGCUUCCACAUCUUCUGAGAGAAAACAAAGACAACGGUGUUCCAAUGAAGAUCUGGCUGAUGUCGCUGACGGUUUUAGAUCCAGAAGCUGCUAACUGGGAAACUGGGGUCAAGCUCGCAAAAAGGUCCUCAAUGGUCUGUAGGAAGGAGUCUCCAUUCAACCCUGAGGAGCUGAAGAACUGGAUGGAUCAAAUCGACGGAGAAGUUAAUGUCAUCGAGUCCCGUGUCAAGAUGAUGGAGGCAGCAAAACUUUUCCAAAGCCAGUCAGAGUUAGACAGAGAGGUUCUGAACCCGGAAGCCGAUGAUAUCUCUGCAUUGUCUUUACGUCUGUGGACUGACCCGCUCCUUCAGGAAAUGUCCUACUACCUGGAUUCAGUGAGCUCCCCCCGAGCUGAGGAUGUCUUUUCACCUACGCACUCAGCCCUGGUAGUUCUCGGAGCACACGGUGGGGCCUACCUGGGGAAGCCUUCUGUGAGCAGCUCCAUAGCUGCUAAAUUUGCUAGUAGACAAUAUCUGGAUCCAUCGGUGAUCCUGAACAGUUGA